CAAAUGGCCAUUCUCUCCCAAGCAGAGAUUUUCUUCGGAAACAGAUGCGAGGAGACCUUUUCACCCAGCAGCAGCUGGAAGUGUUGGAUCGUGUCUUCGAGAGGCAACAUUAUUCCGACAUUUUCACAGCAACUGAGCCCAUCAAGCCAGAGCAGUGGUGCUCCAUGCUGAUGAGACAGUGCGUGGUACAACCGCAGGCAGUCAUUUUUCAGGCAACUGAAUACUCAGCCAUGGCCUCACUAGCUAGUGGAUUGGAUGACAUGAAGGCAAAUAUAACCAGCCCUACUUCUGCAGAUUUGGGAGCGAGUGUUCCUGGUCCUCAGUCCUAUCCUAUAGUUACAGACAUAUGGCAAGAGUUAAGAAACAGAGAUUGAUAAAUGCUUUGGUUACGUAGUUAUUUGGGGCUGACCACAC